AUGGCAUCUAAAGUGUUGAUGCCAAGCUUAAACAUGAACCAUAUUGCAUUUCCAGGGGACAUUCAGCCCAGGUCACAUUCAUUUGGGCAAGUUUGCUUGCCAAAGAAAACGGGGAUUUCUUCAUCAAGACUAUCAGUUAUUGCUAAUAACUCUGUAGAAACACCAGCUAUGGCGGUUACUGCUGCCGCAGUUUCCAAAGCUAGUUCUAUCUUGUCUCGUUUCUGGAGAGAAAUUCAAGGUUCCAACAACUGGGAAAAUCUAGUCGAACCAUUGCACCCUCUUCUCCGGAAAGAGAUCAUCCGAUAUGGGGAGUUCGUCGCCGCCUGUUACAAGGCCUUUGAUCUUGAUCCCAACUCUAGAAGGUACUUGAAUUGCAAGUACGGAAAGAAGAGUAUGCUAAAAGAAGUUGGGAUGGAGAACUCUGGUUACCAAGUAACUAAAUACAUCUACGCUACACCUGAUGUCAAUAUUCCAAUCCAAACGGCUUCUUGCGGCCGUUGGAUUGGCUAUGUAGCGGUGUCAUCGGAUGAUGCCGUUAAAAGGCUUGGGAGAAGAGAUGUGCUGAUCACUUUUCGAGGGACGGUUACAAACCAUGAAUGGGUUGCCAAUUUCAUGAGCUCGCUCACGCCUGCACGCCUAGACCCGCAUAACCCGAGGCCGGAAGUGAAGGUGGAGUCAGGGUUUUUGAGCUUGUACACUUCAGACGAAACUGAUAGCAAGUUUGGACUCGAGAGUUGUCGCGAACAGCUUCUAUCCGAGGUUUCAAGGAUACUAAACAAAUACAAAGGUGAGGAAUUGAGCAUAACUUUGGCUGGCCAUAGUAUGGGGAGUGCUUUGGCCCUUCUAUUUGCUUAUGAUAUUACAGAGCUUGGCUUGAAUAAAACCGAUUCAGACCAAGAAACACCGGUCACUGUCUUCUCCUUUGGGGGACCUAGAGUAGGGAACUCAAGUUUCAAGCAAAGGUGUGAGGAAUUGGGAGUUAAAGUGUUGAGAAUAGCCAAUGUUAACGACCCCAUUACAAAGCUUCCAGGUGUUUUAUUCAACGAGAAUUUUAGGGUUUUGGGAGGGAGAUAUGAGUUCCCAUGGAGCUGCUCAUGUUAUGCUCACGUUGGUGUUGAACUUGUCCUGGACUUCUUCAACGUGCAAAAUCCUUCAUGCGUUCAUGACCUUGAAACAUACAUCAGCCUACUCAAAUGGCCCAAAAGAGUGCAGAUUCAAAAGGAUGGUGUUGAUUUUCUAAAUAGGGCAAGGGAGUUGCUCUUGAGUGCCCAAAAUUUUAACAUUAAUUUGCCAUGGAAAGAUGCUGCGAUCAAUAUGGUAAACUUGGUUCAAUCUCAAAGACCCUAA